UAUAAAAGCAGGCAGUGAAGCCCAGACUACAUCAGUUCUUGAAGGAGAAGCAAGAUGAAGACUUACUACCAGUUGUGCAUCCUCAUUGGCCUGGUGUUCAGGGCUCACUCAAAUCCUGUAACACCAUCUACUGAGAAGGAUGAUGAAGAGUUUGCAAAGAAUUACCUGAAAAAACUGUACAACAUGGAAGAGGAGGAUAAGCCGUCCUUAGGGCGCAAGGUCAGUGAGAUGAGCUUGAAGCUGGGUGAGAUGCAGCAGUUUUUCGGGUUAAAAGUGACAGGAUCUCUGGAUGCUGAAACGCUGGAGAUGAUGAAGAAGCCUCGCUGCGGAGUUCCAGAUGUGGCUGCCUACAGAAACAGAGCUUUUACUUGGUCUACAAACAAAUUGACCUACAGGAUUGAGAAUUACACUCCCGACAUGUCUGUGGCUGAAGUGGACGACUCUAUCGAGAAAGCACUGCAAGUCUGGGCUCGCGUCACUCCUCUGAGGUUCACCCGCAUCUACAGCGGUGUAGCCGACAUCAUGAUCUCUUUUGUUGUCAGAGAUCAUGGAGAUGGCUCCCCAUUUGAUGGACCUAAUGGUAUCUUGGCUCAUGCAUUUUUCCCCUCUCCUGGCAUUGGUGGAGAUGCCCAUUUUGAUGACGAUGAGACGUUCACCUUCAAAUCUUCUAGGGGAUACAACUUGUUCUUGGUGGCUGCUCAUGAAUUUGGACACUCUUUGGGCCUUGAACAUUCCACUGUUGUUGGUGCUCUGAUGUAUCCAACAUACAGCUACACCAAUCCUGACACGUUUGUUCUGCCCAGAGAUGAUGUUAAUAGAAUUCAGGCUCUGUAUGGCUCUAACCCUGAAAAACCUGUUGACCCUGAUAAGCCUGGGCCCACACCUCCAGUCACCCCUGAUGCCUGUGACCCCAAUCUGGUCCUGGAUGCUGUUACAACCCUGCGUGGGGAGAAGCUCUUCUUCAAGAAGAGGUUCUUCUGGCGCAGCCACCCACAGUUCACUACAAUUGAGCAAUAUCUGAUCAAGGUGUUCUGGCCAGAGCUUCCAGAUGACAUUGAUGCUGCUUUUGAGGAUCCAUCAGCUGAUCUGGUGUACAUCUUUAAAGGUGAGAAGGUCUGGGCUCUCAACGGUUAUGACAUUGUGAAACGCAUGAGUCUCAGUAGCUUCAGGUUGUCAGAUGGAGUGAAGAAGAUUGACGCUGCCUUUUAUGACAUAUCUUCUGGAAAGGCGUUGUUUUUUGUUGGCAAGUCAUACUACAGCUAUGACAUGAACAGAAAGGUGAAAGACAGCGGUUACCCGAAACUAGUGCAACAAAGCUUCCCAAGAAUGACAGGAAAAGUUACUGCUGCUUUGCAGGAACAUGGUUAUAUCUAUCUCUUCAGUGGGACAAAUGUUCACCAGUACGGUAACGGAAGGCUGGUGAAUGUGCUGAAAAGCAACUACUUCUUCAAGUGCUAGUUUUUCAUAUUUACCUGCCUCAUGGACAGCAGGGAAAUUCAUUUGUAGAGCAAACUUUUAAAGAAUUUACAGAGCAUUAUAUUUUGAAUAGUAUUAACUUAUUUAAAACUCAGCAUUAACAUUCAACGUUGUUUUCAUGUUUUAUUGUGUUUGUAAUUGUUUUGUCUUUUCUGAGUUAUUGUCAUUUUUUGAGUUGAGUUUUUGAAAUAAAACAUUUCAUCGCAAUUUCA